AUGGAGAGCUUCGUUGAUUUCUCGGUGGCGGAGGAUUUUCCACUCUUCGAAGAAGAAGGCACAGAAUCACCGAUGCUGAUGCUCACCGCCGCAGCUCCACCAUUCGAUCUCUUCCCAGAAGCCUUCGAUCUAUCUACUGAGAUGCCGAUUCCGGGCACUGGUGGCCCUCAGCCGAGGGUCGAAAUACCGAGAAUAAGAACGAGCAGCGAUGGAGGAAGCACUCGUUCAGUUGGCAGCGACAAGCUGCGUGCGACGCACGCAUGCACAAAAUGUCGGCAGAGAAAGGUCAAAUGUAGCGGGGAGAGGCCCCGGUGCAAGCACUGCCUAGAAUUUGGGCUCGAGUGCGAGUAUGUUGACGGCAAGAGAGACAGGACUAGAAAGGAGCAUGAGAGCCUUGAAAAGAUUUGCACAGGCCUCAUUGUUCUGCUCAAAGAUGUCAGUCUCAGGGCUGUGCCUGAGGACCAGCGAAAGAUCCACGACUUCCUCGCAAAAGCGGAGCGUGAAUACGCCACGCUUCUAUCCGAACCUACGUCUCGACCGGCUUCGCCUACGCUCAAGCGCUCCCAUGUGGCUACUGAAAGCCUUCCAGAGGACCAGAAGGAACACGGAGAAGAUCUGAUUACUGCGGAGGUCGGAUCACAGGAGGAUUCGGGUAAGCUUGACGAAGAUCUCACUCGAACCCAAGCAUCCAGAGCCACCGGCUUCGUUGGCAAGAACUCGGAACUUAUGUGGAUGCGACGGCUCAAGAUGCAAGACAAUCAACCCUCCGAUCAACCCUCCGAUCAGGAUAGCGAUGGCCGCGCUAAGAAUCCUUAUGGGCCCCCGGGCAAGUCCACGGAAGCAGCAGACCAACGCCUCCAGAAAUCAGACAGGCGAAGGGGCUUUGGAAAUCACUCAGAAAGCGACGGACUGAUCAGCGAAUCCACCUAUCACAUGGACAUGGAGAACGUUUUCCUGAGAAACCACACUGAUCCGUAUGAGAUGCCACUUGAAGACACUGGCCGCAAUCUCUUGAGCCUUUAUCUAACAUCUGUCCAUGACACGUUCCCUGUCAUUGAGAAAAACACCGUCACGAAGCAGCUUUUGGAAUACUACCACAGGAAAGCCCGCGGAGAGCCAGCAAGACCCCAUUUCAGAUGGCUCGGAAUCGUUAAUCUUGUGUUCGCCAUUGGUGCUAAGCUUUCGCACCUUCUCAAAGCCGAAUGGCGCGCGGAUGAGCGGGACCACUUGAUUUAUUUCACUCGGGCUCGAAUGCUUGCCUUCAACGGCGAGGCUAUCCUCAUGCAUCCUAGUCUUCAGCAUGUACAAUUCGUCGCCUUGAUGGCUUUCUACUUUGUCGCUAUCGGUCACAUGAGUCGUGCCUAUUCGCUUUGUGGACUUGCCGUGAAGGAUGCCAUAGCCCUAGGCCUGCACAUUCGCAACGAGGACCCCAAUCUCAAUGACUCCAAGCGGGAGACGAGAAUCCGGACGUGGUGGUCUCUUUAUUGUCUGGACCGCUUAGUCACCGUGAUCUUAGGCCGACCAAGUGCGCUUAGGGAUGAUGGAUGCUCAGUCCCGCUUCCACUUCCUAUCAAGGAAGACCAACUGGCUACCUUCUUCGCAAACAUGGCUAUCAAUGAUCCCCCAAAAUCCCAUGGUCUGGAGGACCUCCGUCAGAAAAGCUCCGCUUCGGCAGCGGUGUCUCCACUCAUGCACUUUAUCACCGGUGGCGAGGUAGCGGUGUCUGUCAACACUGAUCACUUCUUCAAAAGCCGGGUAGAGUUAGCGAUCAUCACCGGAGAAGUACUUGCCGAGCUAUACAGCGCGUCUUCUGGCGAAAACUCGUGGCAUCAAGCCCAAGGCAAAAUUCAGGAUCUGAUAAAGACGAUCGAUCAGUGGAGAGAAAAGGCUUUCCCUAAAGAGUUUGACUUCCUUGUGCCGCUGUGUGCCGAUACACCUUUCCUGCGAGAACGCCUGACACUCGGUUUCUUCUACAACAGUGCGAAGAUCCUUGCAGGCCGCCCAUGCUUAUGUCCUCUCAACGACCGAAUAGAACACCAGACCAUGCAAUCCAAGGAGCUGAACAUUAAGGAAGCGCGAGCCUGCGUGAAUGCCGCCAGGGCUACGGUCGAUCUCCUCCCCGACAAGCCGGACCCAGUCUUGCUCUAUAGGAACGGACCUUGGUGGUGCCAAAUCCACCUGCUCAUGCAGGCUGCCUCGGUCCUGAUGCUGGAGCUCUCAUUCAAUUGCGAGCACAUGCAGCACGACAAACAAAACAUUGUCAACGCUCUGAAGAAGCUUGGACGCUGGCUUCACAAGAUGGGAGAGAACAGCAGAGCCGCAGAAAGGGCUUUUAAGCAUCUCAGCGAACUCACGCCUAAGGUCAACGUCGACCUAUCUCCACCAGCCGUUCCUCACGUGCAGAGUUACCUUGACGCCAAAUAUCCACAGCACGUAUCCUUCGUAGAUCCAAUGCAGAGCUUGCAUGGCGUGCAUGGGGUGGUCGAUUUCAUGGACGUCAACCACACGCUUCAGCUGCCGCAAGGCACCAGCGCCACGCAGCCCUUCACGACCUACGAUUCCAUGAACUAUGGCAUUGCACAACCCGUGUACGAUGAGUUUGGCAUUCUCAACUACGCAUCUUGGCCUGCAGCUCUAGGCGGUGGACAGCAGAAUGGCUUUGGCGGCGACGGUGGACAGGGCAUGUAG